AUGGUAACCAUUGAAUUUUAUGGUCUUAAAUCAAAAUACGGUAGAUUUAGUAAUUUUUAUAAACGUAAUGUUACAAUUGAUGGUAAAGUUUGGUCAACUACUGAACAUUAUUUCCAAGUUCAAGAAGAAAUUCGUCAAUUAACUCGACCAAGAGAUGCAGCUCGUAAAGGCAGAACUCAAGCUGGACUUCGUUCAGAUUGGGAACAAGUUAAAGAUGAUGUUAUGCGUACAGCUUUAAGAGCUAAAUUUACACAACAUGAAGAUUUAAAAGAACUUUUAUUGAAUACAAAUAAUUCUAAACUUGUUGAGAUAUCACCAACUGAUAGUUAUUGGGGUAAUGCUGAAAAGAAUGGUACUGAAGGUAAAAAUAUGUUGGGUAUUUUAUUGAUGGAAAUUAGAGAAGAGUUAAAAAAUGAAAAAGAAUCAGAAAGUAAUGAAGUAUUAAAAGAUGAUUAA